AUGUUUCCAUUCCGUAUCACCAGCCGCCUCUGGGGAAGAUUGGCGGCGUGUGAGCUUCCAACAUCGAUCAGGAACUUUGUUUAUGGGACGUAUGUGAAGAUGUUUAACGUGAAUUUGAACGAUGCGGCAGUGACGGAUUUAACGUACUAUAAAAGUUUAUCGGCCUUUUUCACACGUUCACUACGCGAAGGCGCUAGGUUUAUUUCACCAUCGAUUUGUGUGUGUCCGUGCGACGGUGUCGUCCUGAAUUGCGGACCAGCAGACACUGAUAAAAUCGAACAAGUUAAGGGAGUGACAUACAGCUUAGAAGAAUUCUUAGGUGAAAACAAAUGGUCAAAAUCCACCGAUACCAACUAUUACGACUCCUUGUUAUUGGAUAAAAAGAACAUACUACAUCAAUGCAUAAUUUAUCUGGCCCCAGGAGACUACCACAGAUUUCACUCUCCAUGCGAUUGGACUUCGAAAUUUCGAAGACAUUUUUCCGGCAAACUCCUGUCCGUAAACCCAUGGAUGGCGCGGCUCAUACCAGGGCUGUUCACUAUGAACGAAAGAGCUGUGUAUGUUGGUGAGUGGAAAUAUGGAUUUUUUAGUAUGACCGCUGUUGGUGCAACCAAUGUGGGAUCUAUAGAAAUUUAUCAUGAUCCCCAGUUAAGAACAAACACUAAAGGUAAACGUAACAGAGUUGAUGAACUCGUUACCGAGGUUUCUUAUAAGAAAGGUGAACUAUUUGGUCAAUUUAACAUGGGUAGUACAAUAAUCCUUCUUUUUGAGGCUCCAAAAGACUUUAAAUUUGAAUUUAAGUCUGGUGAUAGAGUCAUGGUUGGUCAAGCUUUAACAACUGUAGCUGCACACCAUGCUAGAUGA